AUGGAGAGCUUAGGAAAGUUAGAGAAGAGCAACAAGAGGCCUCAUGUAGUGGUGUUUCCUUAUCCAGCGCAGGGCCAUAUCAAUCCAUUAAUGGAGUUCGCCAAUAGGCUUCUCUCCCACAAUCUCAUGGUCACAUUUGUCGCCACGGAGAAAGUUAAAGAGCGCAUUGCACAAGCUCAGGAUGGUGAUUCUUGUGCCAACUCGGCUUUGGAGAAUAUUAGGAUUGAAACAAUUUCAGACGGGCUUACUCCUGAUCUCGACAGGGAGAAAAAUUCAGCUAUGAAAGCUGAUUUGCUGAAAAAGUUUGGAAGUGUUUCAUUUGAACAUCUAAUAGAGAGGUUCAAUGCUCAAGGCAAGAGAGUCUCUUGUAUAGUCUACGACUCUUUUCUAGAUUGGGUUCCACAAAUAGCAAAGAAAUUUGCUAUUCCUCUGGCAUUUUUUUGGACGCAAUCGUGUGCAGUUUACUCCAUCUAUUAUCAUUACCACAAAAGAACUGGACUGCUUUACAGUCAACAGCUGAUUAUUGUUUCUACCAUAAUAUUUUCUGCUUCUUCAACAGGAGGACUGCGUUACCUGAAAGAGGAGGAUGAUCUGGAGAAUGAAAUGUAUGUGAAAGGAAUAUUUGGACUUCCACAACUAUGUUCAUCAGAUCUACCAUCAUUUAUACAAUCUUCAAAUCCUUAUCCGUCUGCAACAAAAUUGGUGCUUGAUCAAUUUGAUAUUGUUUCCCAAGCCAAAUGGAUAUUGGGAAACUCUUUCAAAGAACUAGAAGAAACGGAAAUAAAAUCUAUCGACUCACUUGUUCAACCUAGAACAGUGGGUCCCCUAAUUCCACCAUCUUAUUUAGAGGGAAGCAAUCCCAAAGACACAAAUGUUCGUGUACACCUAUGGAGAGCAACAAAUUGCAUGAAUUGGCUCAAGAUGAAGGGGGAGUCAACUGUCAUAUAUGUUUCCUUUGGUAGCUUUCUUGUACUUUCCAAAGAGCAAAUCCAUGAAAUAGCAUUUGGACUAAAUGAUAGUGGUUAUUCUUUCUUGUGGGUGAUACGUCCAAGUGAUGAUAAAGAAGCAAAUAACAUUACACAAGAUUUGCCAGAGGGUUUUUUAGAGGAAACUAAUGGGAAAGGGUUAGUGGUUCCCUGGUGUCCACAGAUGAUGGUGCUUUCGCAUUCCUCUAUAGCCUUGUUUAUGACCCAUUGUGGAUGGAAUUCCACCCUAGAGAGCCUCAGUUUAGGGGUUCCUAUGCUAGCAUUUCCUGAAUGGAGUGAUCAACCAACUAAUGCAAAGUACAUAGAAGACCAUUGGAAGAUAGGUAGAAGAUUGAGUAGGAGAGAUGAUGGUUUGGUUGGGAGGGAAGAACUGAAUAAAUUAAUCAAGGAAGUUAUGGAAACUAAUCAAGGAGCUGAAUUGAGAAAAAAUGCUCUGUGGUGGAAAACAUUAGCUAUGAAAUCAUUUGGGAAGAGUGGAUCUUCAAAUAAAAACAUCGAGUCUUUUGUUGAGGAGGUCAUAAAUAGUGCAUGA